GGAUUUGGUUAGAUACCUUAAACCGCAGGUUAGCUGCGAAUCAUUCCAUAUGACUGAACAUACCUUGCGUAUUAACUAAAUGCUAAAACAAAUUUGGAUAUACAAGUAGCAGGCGAAGCCACGUUUGAUGUUCGAUGUCACGGAUGGUUUCUGUAAGUUGAACAACUCUCUGUGGGUGCUCAAGGUGAAGGGAUUCUUUUAUCCUGCACUUAUUUGACUGAUAAAAAAAGCAAUUACAGUGAAGAAAACCUGAUUCUUUUCAUGUAAAUGAGAGAGACAAAGACACCGCUGGAUUGUUCAGAGGAAACAGGGAGAUAAUGACUUGUUCUGCAUCAAUCAUGGCUUGGUUGUACGGGCAGAGAAGGGCUUCGUAGAUCGAUCCUUGUUUGCGAUUAACUUUAAGUCAAUUGUUUCGCGUUUUAUAUUGCAAAAUUACACCGAGAGCUUGGGAUACAGUAGCCGGCGAUGGUGCGUUGUUUAUCUUUCGAUUCCGAUAUCAAAUUCUUUUUAGUUAUGGUCUGUGGUUUAUGAGGCGAACUCCGCAUACCACUGACGCUGCGUGAAAAAGAUUCUGGCUUCGUAAUUUUCAGUCACUGAAUGGAAUUAUUUGCGUGGAAAUUGUGAUGUAGUUUGAUUGAUCAAAACGAGCACGAUUGGCAAUCUUGGUUUUCCCGAUGGUUAUUCCUUAUUCAAACUUAAUGAUUAAGGGUCGAGUCGAUAAGCAGCGGUGUAAACCUCCUGAAUGUACAGGAAUUUGUAUCGACCAUAAUUCAAACCCAAUGUCGGAAAGCGGGCAGAGUGAAGCUAAAUCUCUGCAUUUUGAUAACAAGUUAUUUGCUUCGAAUGGCGAAGCAGCUAGAGAAUUUUUACGAGUACCUUUGGAUGGAAUUGCUGGAGAUAGUAACUCGGGAUCACUAACAGAUGGCAGAGAUGAGCUGAACAUAAAAAGGAGCUCAACGAAUUCCAAAGACUUCACCGCUGAACAAGAUAAUCACAAAAUCAUUGGUAAUAGUAAUCGGGAAUCUAGUUGCAGUGUUGAAAGUAGUGGAAGCAACAUUUUGGAACCGAAACUUGUUCCAGGUGAAAAUUACAUGAGUGGAAAUAAGCACAGUAAAUCGAAACAGUUAAUGAAAUUAACAAGAGGCCUGAAAUUUUCGAAAGGAUCGCAAAAUGCUGCAAAUCAAGGGCAGUCUUCGCCAUCAAACGAAAACGAAAAUAAGGAUUCGAAAAUGGGAGUUUCGUUAGGGAUUUCAAAAAGCAAAAAAAUUUCGGUUAGUGGACCACCAGGCAAAAAGCCACAGGAGUCGAAAGUUCGCCUCUUUAAUCGAAAACGACGUAACAGGAAUAAGCUUGUUGCAAAUGCUGGAAAUUCACUUUGGAGACCUUUGACUGAUUGCUCAUGGAUAUCAGCAAGCGGCCGAGCUUUCACCUUGAAAAAGACUUCACUUUCAAGUUUGUGCGACGCAGAGCGAGAUGCUUUACGGCAAAUAGUUAUCCAGAAGCUCCAAGACUAUCAACUUGGCUGCAAUAUAAGUCCACCAAAAGAUGGAAACUCGGCGCGCCGAACUUGGAAACAAAGACUCUUUCUUGGUCGAAAAGACAAAGAUGCAAAAGAGCAAAGGACGCACUUUGGGAUUCCCAUCGCUCAGGUUAUUGCAAAUGAUGCUGAGGCAGCCGAGGAAUUGUCCAGUCGAAGUGAUACAACAAGCACAGGUCGACGCUCCAUUGUUCGCCAGGAAGAAAUCACAAAGGAAGAUCCUGACUCUUUGAGCUUCAACGAAGAUGAUUUAAAUACCAGAAGAAGCAGUUUGCCAAAUUCGUAUGCACCUCUUCUCAGAUCAAAUAGCUUUGAUUUAGAAGAGGAUAAUGGGCUAGAUCUUUUGAACGCAGAUAAUCUGCAAGAAUGUCAUGAGAGAACCACUACAAUUUUACGCCGUGAAAGCCAAAGGAGGCGGCAGGCAAAUAAUCACCGGAGAUCGCGGUUAUUGGACGCGUUAACUUUGUCGUCAUCAUCUGCGUCUUACAUCAGUAUAAUUGACAGGGAUGAUGAACUGAAGCCACCAGGGCCACAAGUUCCUAAAAUCGUUCUAAUUCUAAUCGAAUACAUAGAACAGCAUGGGCUUAGCGUUCUGGGCAUUUUUAGAACGGGAGGCCUGCGGAAAAGAGUUAGACAUAUGAGAGAAGAGCUUGAAAGAGGAAAUAUUUCGAUUAUACACUCAGAAGAAACCAAUCCACAAGACGUAGCUGCAUUAUUCAAGGAAUUUUUCAGAGAUCUCCCAGAUCCACUGCUUACUAGGGAACUUUAUACACCAUUUCUCGCUACUCGAAAAUUAACUGAUCCACAACAACGACAGGCCGCACUCCAGCUACUAACAGGGUUACUUCCAGUUCCAAAUAGAGACACUCUUAAAGCUUUGUUGUCAUGUUUAUCCAAAGUUGCAGCACAUUCCCAAGACUACGUGGAUGCUGAUGGCAAUACGAUACCUGGAAAUAAAAUGGAUUCUAGGAAUUUAGCCACUUUGAUUGGCCCUAAUAUACUUCAUCGGGUGAAAGCCAAUUCAUCAAUGCAGACUUUCAGCCCGGAGGAGUCGUUACGUUUCGCAGAGGAGAACAACAAGAUGAUAGAUGUUGUGAAAGAUAUGAUUGAGAACCAUGACACACUUUUCCAGGUUUCUGCUCAGUUGCACGAUGAAGUUCUCAAAAUGCUUCUUGAUACAGAGCCAGAAACUGUGGAUUACGUCCUGAGGAAGAAAGCGUCUAGAGUCAGUCAAAUCGAAUUUCCCGACGACAUUCAAGAAGAACUCAGCAAAGUUCCCGAGAAUGCCCACGCACACCCCAAACGUUCUAUGACAUUGGGCUCAACACCACGCCCUAAAAUUAAUUCGCGAUAUAGCGAUGAAGGCUCGUACAUACGAGACUCACUGCGAAUCAAAACGAGCCCGCAAAGUACGACACGUUUACGGAAAACAAGCACUCCUGAUCGACCAGGAUCUACUCGAUCUGUCCUUUCGACGACGUCAGAACCCGAUCGAUUUAGUUAUAGGAAAUCAAACUCAAGUUUUCAGUCAGCUGCGUCUUCGAAUCGUAGAAGCCAGUCUGAGUCAGCAGAUAUCCCGGAAGAUGAGAUCGCGAGUCUGGCAGUAAACCGCGCCAGUUACCGAGACAGCGGCCUAAGCAUGGGGAGAAAUAGCCAACGUUUUUCUGGUGUGGAAGAAACUCGGCGGAAAAUAAACGCACUUGAAACUGUACCGUCGCCGACGUUAUCAGGCUCUGGCUUUCCAUCAAAAUCGUCAACUCCUUACUCGUCGCCCUCUGGAACGCCAAUAUUAGAGAGGGUUGAGAAAGUUGAACAAUCGCAAGUGAAAUUAAGAGACCGUGAAUCUCGUGAGUCUAGGGACUCCGCUUAUGCUAGCGGACGUUUUCAGCGUAAAGGCGGCUUACCGCAUCAUGGAUUACAGGGUAUUUUCUCACUUGGGGAAGAGGAUUUGUCCCCUGAUGCGUCACAAUGUUCUCCUACAUCGCCAGUAUUUUUGUCUGAAAUCUUAAACGAGCCAGCUUUCAAUAAUAACUUUAAGAAAGGUAGUUCAGAGUCACGGAAGAUUUCAUUACCUGCAAAAAUGAUUACAGAUUUAAAAGAAAAAGAAAAUCAGGAUAGACAUUCGUUGCCACGAUCGAUAAGCGAAGUUGCAGAAAGUAAACAGCGGAAAUUACUGCUUACUUGGGAAGAGGCAACUUGGCCUCACUGGGACCCAAAUGCUACGGAACAGGAAAUGCCUGACCACGAAACAAUACUGUAGGGAAUGAAAGGGGAAAACAUGACUUUAGAAGGCAUGUACUCACAUACGCCGGUCCUUACAUACGCCGGUGCUCACAUACGCCGAUCCUCACAUACGCCGGUUCUCACAUACUCCGGUCCUCACACACGGCGAUCCGACAGUCGCUAAUUUAACUUCGCAGGUAUAAAACCAAGAAUUAGGGCCUCUAAAGCCUCGGCGGGUAUUGUUUAACAUAAAGAAACCGGGAUUCGUUGCGUUAAUUUUUGCAAGCGGUUAUAUUUUAAGAUGAUUCAGAAGUUUUUAAGGUGAUUCAGAAGUUUUAAGGUGGUUCAGUUUAAGGGAGCAAACUUGGUAUCAUGCAAGGUUUGAGGGAAUUGAGCGAGGUCCUGAGACACAUUGCUGUUCAAAUCUUUUUAGAUGUUAUGCGGAGGAGCGUCAAAAUCCGAACAAUGUCAAACACAAACAUUAAUUUCCAUUGGCACUCCGAAAGUUUUCUUAUUGUAGUGCCAAUAGUUAGUGCGGGCUUGCACAAUCCCAUUCAAUGUAAAAAAUUAUUUUUAAGUUAACUACUAUCUUAAGUGAAUAAAUAUAUAAAUAUAUAUAGCAUUUACUAUGUAUGUUUAAGUGCCUCGUCGAAGAGGGUUUUUCUAGAAUAGUCAUUAGAGUAAACAGCACGAUUAGAGUUAGUCUAGGCGAUUCUUAUAACAUAUUAAAGAUCAAAAAGCAAUGUUUCUGUUUGUAAUAACUAAUGUUUUCCCUUCCUUUUCUUAGCCAUAGUAAAUUGUAAAACAUAACAAGGAAAUGUUCAUUUUUUUGCUGGCAUAGAAUAAAACGUUCACAUCUUCAAAGGAUCGCCAUCACAAAUUAUAGUGAUUGAUAAAGCCAGUAAAAUGCAAUAACCAUUUUAGGCUUUUUCUGUAAUCCCAUAAAGUCUUUUAACAAUAUCAAUUGCUAGAAGGAAACUGUUAAGCAAAACCUUACAAUAAUGCACGCUUUCGUUUUAAUUCAAAGAUAUCAAUCGAGCGAACUUGACAUUUAUUAUAAGGUAGUCAACGAUUCUUUGACAUAAUGCAGUAGGCCUAUUUUAAAGAUUUAAACACAUUAAAGGUAAUAUUAAAGUCUUCUGUGUAACUUUAAAUGUAAAACCAGGCAUCAACGUUGCUUGCCUAAUGUAUUUUAAACUGGCAUGUGUGUUAUGAAAAUUGUAGAAAAAACUUUUGCGAUUGUUCUCCUUGAAUUUGUUUAAAUUUGCAAAAAUUUCCAUACUGUGUAUGAGAACUUGGAAGAAUGACGGUUUGAGCGGAUUUUAUUGCAUCGCUCAAAAAUUUGUCAAAAUUUUUGUCGUUUCUUACAUGUGUUAUCUAGAAAUAGCAAAUUGUAAAUAAAAACUUUUUUGCAUAUUUGACUAACUAACUUAGUUUUUGCUCUUUAAAAAGCAUUGGUUGCGUAGCCUUCGUUUUGCGCGCGGUGAAAACUGAAACCUGGAGAAGAUCCUGGCACGUUGCAGACAAGCACUUUGUGGCCAAGGCAUUGUAAACUACCCCUUUUCUUUAGAUGUAUCCAAUUGUAGAUCGGUUGUAGAUGACCAGUUGCCGCAUUUCUAGGACUCCAUUUGCCAAUUAUUUCCUCAGGAUAGGGAAUCCCCCGUACAAAGACGCGUUUGUAGUAAAAAUCCACAAAUUCAACGAAGACCAAUGGAACUAGAAAACCCUUCUUUCGACAACUGAGAGAAAAACGUAAAAGCCAAAAAUUUAUACUAAACCAUGUCUGCCGGCUUAUUUCCUUGAUAGGAAAGUUUUGAUAACACCCGUACUAUUUUCCAUCACACUUAGUUAUCUUUUGUCCAGAUUUCUGAUUAAUUACCACUUUAUAAAAUAGGAUUGGUCAAAAUUGUUUGAUGUUGCAUUUAUUAUUGACUUUGAAAAAAUAUUUUUCACUAUUGUUGCAAGCAUUUUUUAAUUUUUUCGUGUAUUUUUAGAUAUAAGAAAAUAACUUCUUCCAAUUCCACUGUAGAAAUAUUGUCUUAAAUUAAUUUGAAUUUGUUUGUAUUUUGAUAAAGACAUGAAAUAGAAACAUAAGCAAAUUGUAGUUUUGAAGAGUGCAUUGUCGUUAUAAAAAACUUUCAUUUCUUUUUACACAUUCACCCUUGGGUAUAUUUUGUAAGUAAAUUAAUUGAAA